UCAACAGAAACCCACGACAAGCCCAAACAAAAACCCAAUAAAAUCUCGCCUGGCCUCUCGCAGUCCAGCCUGCCCCGUCGCCCACCCCAAUCUCCACGCGUCGCCGCCGCUUGCCGGCGAGUCUAUUCCCCUCCGCCACGCCGUCGAAGCUUCCCGGUCGCUGCAGCGAUUCGGAUAAAGCGGCCGCCCGCCCGCCACCCGCCCUCCUUUUGCCCCCCACUCCUCUCGGUCCCGGGACCGCUUCGUGCUGGAUCUAGGGUUGCGUGGGGAGUUCUGGAAACCUCCGCCGCGAUGGACGAGGCGGACGAUGAACUUCGCACCUUGAAGGUCGGCUUCACCGCCUCCGGAGAGGAGCAGUUCCGGAAGCUCGUGGCGGAGAAGCUGCGGGGGUUCAAGAGGGACGUGGACCACACCCUCGUGCCUUAAAUUUAUACUAUAAUGCCUAUAAUGGCCUCCGCUGCGGAACACCCAUGGAGAAUCAAGCUCCUUGAUUAUUCUCUUCGAGAACUGGGUGGGAAACAACUGGAUAAUGGCCUUUCUGUUGCUGUCCGCUGUGAUGCUGAGACUAGUGCAAUUGAGUACAGGUUGGAAUCUUCAUCCACUCGGUCUCCAGCAAAUGCAGCUGCAUUUGGACCUUCUGUUGAACAACUGCUGCAUGAUCUUAGGAAGUGCUGGCAACAAGUCUUUGGCUUGAGUUUGUGGAAAAUGCUUCUCCAGAUAACCUGGUGGAUGUUAUUUUGGUUUUUCAAUAUGAUUGUGCAGUGCACAAACCUUAGUGUAGCAAAUACAAACUAUUAUGAUUGCUUGCUGGUGUGCAUUCAUGUGCUUUUGGUAGACUUCACUAUAUUGGAUGAUAUAAUGUGAAAACAAGAUUGUAUGCUUCACUUAAUUUGCUGGAUGUGAUGUAAACAUGCAAGAGACAAAAUUAAUAUAUGUAUGUAUUGACCUCUAUGUGAUGUAUGUGCUCA